AUGCACGCCGCUAUUAAUAAAUAUUCUUUGGUCUGCAAUACUACCAAAAAUAUAUUGUGCGGCUGUCUCAAACGGAAUUCGUCUCAUUUCGUAUAUCACCCUGAACGAGUUUCCGAUGAAUUCGGUAAAACUAGUAAGAAGAAUAUGUAUCAGGCGAUCAAUAGUGCCAUGGACUUGGUGCUUAGCAAAGAUUCUAACAGCGUUGUAUUUGGCGAAGACAUAGGAUUUGGUGGUGUAUUUAGAUGUACUAGUGGCCUCCGUGAACGAUAUGGUAAAGAUCGUGUUUUUAAUACACCACUCUGUGAACAAGGUAUCGUUGGUUUUGGAAUCGGUCUUGCUGUCGCCGGUACCACGGCUAUUGCAGAAAUUCAAUUUGCAGAUUACAUGUUUCCUGCGUUAGACCAAUUAGUAAACGAAGCAGCAAAAUAUCGGUACCGUUCUGGCAGUUUAUUUGACUGUGGUAAAUUAACUGUUCGUACUCCUUGUUCUGCUGUUGGUCAUGGAGCGCUUUAUCAUUCACAGAGUCCUGAAAGUUUUUAUGCUCAUUCGCCUGGACUUAAAAUUGUUAUGCCUCGCAGUGCAUAUACAGCUAAAGGGUUACUUUUAUCUUGUAUACGAGAUCCCAAUCCAUGCAUAUUUUUUGAGCCUAAAAUUAUGUAUAGAUUAGCAGUUGAUGAUGUGCCUGAUGAUGAUUAUGAACUUCCAAUAGGAAAAGCUGAUGUUUUAAUUGAGGGUAGAGACAUAACAUUAAUUGGAUGGGGUACUCAAGUGCAUGUGUUGCUAGAAGUCGCAGAAAUAGCUAACAAAGAUUUUGGAAUUUCUUGUGAAGUAAUUGAUCUGGUGACCAUUCUACCUUGGGAUAAACAAACAGUGGCAAAUUCUGUGAAAAAAACUGGCCGUGCUAUAGUGUCUCACGAAGCUCCUUUAACUGGUGGUUUUGGUGCUGAAAUAUCUGCUUCAAUACAAGAUGAUUGUUUUCUCCAUUUAGAGUCUCCAAUACGACGUGUGACAGGUUAUGAUACCCCAUUUCCUCAUAUUUUUGAACAGUUUUACUUACCAAAUAAAUGGAAAUGCUUACAAGCCAUCAAAGAAUUAGUUAAUUAUUGAUUGCUUACAAGCCAUCAAAGAAUUAGUUAAUUAUUGAUAAUGGAAUAGAAAGAUUUUUAAUUUAAUUAUUAU